AUGCUUUAUGCUCUGUCCUCCUUGGCUAGCGAUGAACCAAAGAAUAAAUAUGUUGCAGUGAAAUUUUGCAGAGCAGGCUCAAACCCAAAGGAAGUGGCUAUUACAAUUGUUCCUUCGGUUCUAAAUACGUUCACUAUUCAUGGUCCAAAUGGAAGCCAUUCUUGCUAUGUUACUGUCCUAGCCAGAGCUAGUCUCUCUGGUGUGAAAAAUGGCUCGUGGAUCCGCUUAUUCCAAAUUGAUGAAGCCCGAGCAUUGGCUGCGCAAUUUGUUCUUACUGUGGACUAUGUACACACCCAAGGCAUCAUCCACGGGGACAUUCAUAUGGGCAAUAUUCUUCUCAAAUCUAUACUCGAGUUGGAUCUGCUCUCAAUUGACCAAUUGUAUGAGAAAUACGGAGUACCUAAGCUAGACCCAGUUAUCCAUCUGGGUGGCAAGCCUCUUCCUCCUGCUGUCCCAUCCCACGGCAUUGCACCUCUAUGGCUCGGGGUAACAAGUGAGGACAUUACACUUCCAGAAGCCAGAGCCUUACUUAGAGAUUUUGGUGAGGUCUUUCUAUACUUAAAACAAGAAAACUAUGAAUCUCACGCCCCUCUCGCCGUCCGGCCCCCCGAGGCUCGAUUUGAGCCAAACAAGCCUCUGUCUUUUCCAUCAGACAUCUGGACUCUCGCUUGUACCAUAUGGGCCAUUAUUGCUCAAAGGCCACUAUUCGAAGGAUUUCUCACGACGGAGGAUGACAUGGCCUGUGAGUAUGUUGAUACUCUUGGUGCUUUGCCACCUGAAUGGUGGAAGAAGUGGGAGGCGCGGCAACACAAGUUCACCGAGGAUGGUAUGCCAAUAAACCGUAACCCAUACCGCGUGCAACAGCCCAGGCGAGCUGCCGGAAUGCCCUCGUUGGAUGCAAAAGAGAUGGACGCUAUCUUUGACAUGCUACGACCGAUGCUCUCAUUCAGACCGGAGAAUCGAAGUACUACCAAGCAAAUCCUCAUGUCAUAAUGGAUGGUGAAGUGGG